UAAAAUUUGGUAUUUGUAGAACGGCCCCAAACGCAUAUGAUUGCGUUGAGAGAAAAAAGACAAAGGAGCCAAAGAAAGAGGGACGAAAGGUUUCUUACUUUUUUAAUUCAUGCAGCGAUUCGGAUAGAAAACUCUGAAAGAUUCAGAGAACCCUAGCACGCAAUAAAAACCAUUGAGACUUUCCCUCUUCUCUCUCUUUCUCUGGUGUGUGCGCUUCGUUGAGAUAGCGUGAGAAGAAAGCAGGUUCCGUUCCGAUGGUUUUCUACUUCAAGGCACGCCCUGAAGCUGGCGAUUACACCAUCUUCAUGGGUCUCGACAAGUACGAGAACGAAGAACUCAUCAAAUAUGGUUUCCCUGAAGAUAUCUGGUUCCAUGUUGAUAAGAUGUCUUCAGCACAUGUAUAUGUAAGACUGCACAAAGGUCAGACUAUUGAUGACAUUAGUGAAGGUUUACUGGAGGACUGUGCUCAGCUUGUUAAAGCAAAUUCGAUUCAAGGAAAUAAGGUGAACAAUAUUGAUGUUGUUUAUACUCCCUGGGCCAAUUUAAAGAAAACUGCUUCAAUGGAUGUUGGUCAAGUUGGUUUCCACAACCCCAAAAUGGUCCGAACUGUGAGAGUGGAGAAGCGGAUCAAUGAGAUUGUCAACAGGCUAAACAAAACAAAAGUGGAAAGGAAACCUGAUUUGAGAGCUGAGCGUGAAGCAGUUAAUGCAGCUGAAAGAGCUGAGAGAAAGCAACAAAUGAGAGACAAGAAACGCCGUGAGGAAUUGGAAAGACUUGAAAAGGAGAGACAAGCCGAACUGAGGAGCUACAAGGGUUUGAUGGUUGCAGAGAAUAUGACAUCCAAUAAGAACAUUGCAUCAGGAAGCAAAACACUGCAAGAAAUGGAGGAUGAUUUCAUGUAAGCUUUAGCUAUUGGAUUAUAUGCAAGAUGGUUGGUGGCCAACAAUGCUACCUGGUGAAUUAAAUUGACUAAAUAACCCAAGUCCUGGAAUUUGAAAUUUCAGUGUCUUCAUUAAGAAACCAAGUAGUGUGUACAAUUGUGUUUGGGGGAUAAUUUAAAUCGAGAGCCGGAAAAGAAGACAGAAGAGGGGAAAAAAGGGAGAAAGAAAAAGAAAAGUGGGGGACUGGGGGAGGGGGUUUCUUAUAGUGAUGAUUGGUUUUUGUACUUGGUAAUGGAAAUAUACUUACUUAAUAGCAUUGCUUGAUAGUUGAGACAAUGGUUUUCAAACUAAUGUUCUCACAGUUGAGUCAAAAGGGGAAAUUCAUUGCUAUAACUAGUUUUAUUUUCCAUGCCAAGUUUACAAUUUGCUUCCUUUUCUGAGAGAGGCCUACACUUCGUGCCAAAUUACUUGGACAUGUAUCCUUCUUCUAUAGAACUGCCGGAAAAGCUUCUUAGUUCUUGUUGAUAUCUGAGAUUAAUGAGGGACAAUAAUUCUGCCAGGCCAAAUGUAAGAUUUGAACAUACCCUGCUGAUAAACUUCCUUUUAUAAUUUGUAAAGCGACACUAGAUAGCAGCAAAGGUUAUUUUAACAACUAA